AUGGCCCCUGCUACGACCUCUCGUUCCUCCCAGUCUUUAGACACGUCAGCGGAAAGACGCGCCUUCAUCCCAUCACCUGUGCCGACCGAAGAUGGUCCCACUACGGUCCAAAAUAAGCCUAGCGCAUUGCAGAAUUCUUCAAACGCAACCAAGUUUUUAACGGCCUUGGAUGAUCCUGUUCCGACCUCGAAGUUCUUUGGGCUUUUCGGACUUUUAUUCCCUCCAUUACAUGUCUCUUUCGGACGCAACGGUUUAACGUUCCUUGCGCCCACUGUAACGGCUGCCUUCGGCUUCCUCUUUCUUCGCGAAGCCGUGUCAUGGAAGCAAGCCGUAGCAGGACUUGCCUCACUUGCUGGUGUGGUGUUGAUUGCCAAACCCACAUCCUUGUUUGGGGGGAGUGAUCGCGCAGACACCGGAGCCGGAGCUGGGGGUCCUGUUGUUACGAGCCGAACGCAUGGUCGCUGUUGGCGUGGCUAUGCUAGGCGUUCUUGGUGCUUCAGCUGCAUAUAUCUCCCUUCGAGUCAUUGGAAAGCGGGCUCAUCCCAUGCACACGAUGUCGUACUUCUCGGUUUGGUGUGUGCUGGUCUCGGUGGUCGCAGGAAUCGCGACGCAUGGGCAAUGGGUCUUCCUCGUCAGUGGACUUGGAUUGGAAUGCUUAUCAUUGUCGGAUUGUUUGGGUUUCUCGCACAGCUAUUCUUGACUCUGGGUCUUCAACGCGAAACUGCGUCCCGAGGAUCUAUGGUACUCUAUAUCCAGAUUGUGUUCUCUCUCAUAUUUGAGCGCAUCGCAUUUGGCGUGAGCCCAUCGGGGUUGACUGAACAAACCUUCAAAGAGAACAGAGAUCCAGCUAACACACGAGUCUACUGCUAUGUGGAACCUGGCCGCUGUCGAGGAAGCAAGAGGCUAUUGGACGGGGACGAACAAAAAGAAGAAAUUGAAAUAGAGAGGCAGAGAAUGUUUCCGAUCAAUCCCAGGUGGAUAAAAAACCAGAACAAAUCGACGCUCGCCAACAUCAGCGGACAGCUAGUGGAAGCAGCUCUGCGUAGACUGGCCCACGACACGAACUAUAGAACGGGUGCACCGGGAAGGGUAUGGCUCUCGGUCGGAUACUGUGGGCCUCGUACUCCUGACUACGGAACGCCUGAUUGCGACAGCAAGUACACCUGGGACAACGACAAACUGUGCUGCCAGCCCAAGCGGUACUAG